UGCAGAAGGUAUGCUGAAGUUGAUCUUUGUAAGAGCGAAUUGUUAAGGAGCUUUGUUCUCUCUUUGGUAAUGAGGCAUGCUAAGGUUAUGUUUCAACGGAUUAAAAAGGAAAGGAUGUCCCUAGAUUAGUUGGAGCAGUAAGGUGACUGAGAUUGCAAAUAUCCAGUAAAGGUUUUCCUUGGCAAUUUUAUACGAUUGGAACAUGUAAAAUCUGACAAGAAACCAUGCUCCCUUUUAGGAUAAGUAAGACACCAUCUCAACCGCUGCUCUGAAAUCCAGCUAAUUGAAUAACAACAUCCAGUUCAGUGUUUAGGAAGGAAGCAAGUUCUAAAUAUAGGUCCUAAGGAGGGCAGUAAAAAGUGACAGUAAUUCCUUCGUCUCUGGUAAGAAGAUUGAGGUAAUACAUCUCUUGCCGUACUCCUGCAAAUUUCUACCCACCAAUCCAGGAAAAAUGGCUGCUGUCUUCGUUUGGUCCAUUUGAAAACUACAAUUUUCAACGCAUUUUACUCCAGAUGAUUCACUCAGAGAAACGAGGGGAAUCUCCAAGGAUGAAGGAGAAGAUGGAAAAGGCUGCACUCCUGCGCAGCCAUGAUAAUGGUUUGUCUCAUUUACUAUCUCUGGUCCUGCAAGAGCUGAGCCUCUUCUAUAAGCGAGAUGUAAAUGGUGUUGGUGUGUUAUAUGACCUGCUCAGAUCGCCAUGGCUACAGGCGCUCCUCAAGGUGUACGAAUGCCUUCAUCAGCAUAUCAAACGGAGACCAGUUCCACUUACCUUGCAGGCUCGUGCACUGACCCACGAGGUGGUGGAUUUGUUACGUGGAGUUCAGCAACAUCCAGAGGUCAAAGAGCUAAGACGACUUCUACGAGGUCCACAUUUCAAGGCCUUACUUUCAGCUCAUGAUACUGUGGCUCAGAAGGAUUAUGAACCCGUUCUUCCACCUCUGCCAGAUAACAUCCCUGAGAACGAGGAGGCUAUGAGGAUAGUCUGCCUAGUGAAAAACAAGCAACCUCUUGGUGCAACUAUUAAACGCCACGAGCUAACAGGAGAUAUUACAGUAGCAAGAGUGAUCCAUGGUGGACUGGCAGAUAGAAGUGGAUUGUUGUAUGCUGGAGACAAGCUGGUAGAGGUGAAUGGGGUCCCAGUAGAGGGGCUGGAGCCUGAACAAGUUAUCCACAUUCUGGCACUAUCCCAGGGAACAAUUAUGUUCAAGCUAAUUCCAGUUUCUGAUCGACCGGUCAGCAAUCAGACAACACUCUAUGUGCGUGCAAUGGCAGACUACUGGCCUCUCCAGGACGCAGCCAUUCCUUGUGCUGACGCAGGACUAGCCUUUAAAAAGGGAGACAUUCUUCAAAUUGUGGACCAAAAUGACACCUUCUGGUGGCAAGCAAGGAAAGUCUCAGACCUCAGUGCCUGUGCAGGACUCAUUCCUUCAAAUCAUCUUUUGAAGAGGAAACAACGGGAAUUCUGGUGGUCUCAGCCUUUCCAACCCCACACCUGCCUCAAAUCAACUAUUUUGAGUACUGUGGAAGAAGAAGAGGACAUGCAGAUUGACGAGAAGUGUGUUGAAACAGAUGAGGAGACAUUUGAGUCUGAGGAGCUUAAAGAAGAAGAGGAAGAAUUCAGUGGAUCUGGUCAGCAGGUCUUCAUUACUGGCUUCCGUAGAAGUAUGCGCUUGUGCCGCAGGAAAUCCCGCAACAGUCACUUACCGUGUUAUGCCCGGUGUCCUGGUGGAUGCUACAGUGCUGUAGCGGCGCCAUAUGAAGAAGUAGUGAGAUAUCAGAGACUCCCUGGUGACAGAAACCGAUUAAUUGUACUAAUAGGUCCUUCCGGUGUUGGAGUGAAUGAACUACGGCGGCAGCUUAUUGGUAUAAAUCCUCAUCUCUUUCAGAGUGCAGUGCCACAUACAACCCGUGCUCAGAAGAGCUAUGAAGUGAAUGGCCGAGAGUAUCAUUAUGUAUCAAAGGAAACCUUCGAAAACAUGGUGUACAGCCACAGGAUGCUGGAGUAUGGAGAGUACAAAGGGAACUUCUAUGGCACAAGCACCGAUUCAGUCCGUGCAGUUCUUGAUGCUGGGAAGAUCUGUAUAGUUGAUUUAGAGCCUCAGAACAUUCAGCUGGCCCGUACGCAUGAACUGAAGCCCUACAUUAUAUUCAUUAAGCCAUCCAGUGUCAGCUGCAUGAAACAGUCCCGGAAAAAUGCCAGGAUGAUUACAGACUAUUACGUGAACAUGAAAUUUAAGGAAGAAGACCUGCAGGAGAUGGAAGAAUCAGCUAAAAAAAUGGAAACUCAGUUUGGCCAAUUCUUUGACCAAGUGAUUGUGAAUGACAACUUACAGGAAGCUUGUCUUCAGUUGCUGUCUGCUGUACGUCGAGCACAGGACGAACCUCAGUGGGUCCCAGCAACAUGGAUUUGCUCAGAAAAUCAGCCAUAAUUUCCAAGACUAGACAGAUUUACACUGAUUGUAUAGAGUUCAUGCUUCACUACAACAUUAAUCAUAAUGCUGGUACUGCCAGAUAAAAUAUAUCUUUGUUUAAAGGGAUUUUGGAGAUGAUUCAAGCAAGAAGCUAUAAAAUUCUUGGACAUAGUCCAUAUCACUUUGAGGCGGGAACUAAAGCUUAAUAAACCAGCAACUGAGCAAGCAAUGUGCUGAUGCAAUUCACUCCUUUUUGGUGUGGGGAGAUAAACAAAAACCAGUGGUUCUCAACCUGUGUUUUGGUCUACAACUUCCAGAAAUCCCAGCCAGUUUACCAGCUGUUUGGAUUUCUUACUUAUAUUUCUGUAAGUUGAAGGCCAAAACAUCUGGGAACCCACAGGUUGGGAACCACUGGUAUAGACAAACCAAACUAGACAAUUAUAGUACUAUUAUAUUGCUUUAAUUGCCACAGUUCCACCUUACGGGGUCCUGGGAUCUGUAGCUUGAUGUAGUAUUUACUGCUUGUGAUGGCAGAGAUCUCUAGGGCUGGAGUUCAGGAUAGUUCAUUAGAAAACCCUCACCACCCAAAUCCUGUGGGAUGGAGUCAUGGCCAUUAAACUGUGGGUGCAUGCCAGAAUCCACAAGGCAGUAGCAAACCUCAUUUCACUGUCUGGUUUAUCAAACCAAAACUCAUGGCUUAAAGUGAAGAGAAAUGAAACCAUUAUGUGAUGUGGUGUCCUUAAACACUGUGUAUUCAGUAACAUUAAUUUUGUUCCAAAACACUGUUAGGUUGUAGUGACAGAAUGCAAUGUAAUUGUUAUGGGGGAAAAUUAAAAGAAUUUAUUUUGUUGCA